AUGUCUUUAUAUCUAUUCAAACAAUCUGGAAGAUCUGGUAAUUUGCUCACUGGGAAUAGUUCUGACAGUAAUAACACUGGAAGCUUUUUGACUAGAAGUAAUUCAGAUUGGAAUUCCUUAGCUCAAACUAUGAUGGAAGCGUUGCACUUGAGGGUGUUACAGUUACUCUUCCAGCAGAUGCUGGCAAGUGGAAUUAGGCCUGGUGCAUCCAUUUCUUUCAUUAAGCAACUUUGUUUACAGGAACAGUUCUUGAGGCACUGGACUGGUACAGUAAGACGCAAAAGAAAGAUUUACUCAACAUAUGUUGAUUCAGAUAUUUAUUCGACUCUUUUAAUUGAGCUUUCUCAAAAAGGUCAUCUGGUGGAAGCUGCAAAUGUGGUUAGUGUAAUGGUUGAGAAGAGGAUCCAAUUGAAAGCUCCUUAUCUUGAUAAUAUAGCUGUGCUCCUCAGUAGAAUUGGUGAAAAAGAGCUUGAUCAGCAGUUGAUGAGUUUGAAGUGA